AUGAUGGGUUUAAGGAAUAAUGCUAUUUUGCUACGUAUAGAUGGCACCUUAGUCGCUCCAUCAAAAUAUGGGGUCAUCGGUAAUGCUAAAAAUUGUCUAAUCUUUGAGCAAGUUAAUGGGGUUACUAUAUCAGGAGGGACUCUUGAUGGACAAGGUGCCGGACUGUGGUCAUGCAAGAAUUCUGGCAAGGAUUGCCCUAACGGCGCAACGGACGGUACGUUUGCAAGUCAUGGGAACAAAUCCUUUUCGACCCUGGUUUUGCUAAUUAAACGCUUCAAUCACCCUUAUAUUUGGAUUUUGAAGACUGUUAAUGAAAAGGAUUGUCACAAUAUGUUGAUAGAAGAAGAAGAUGGUUUAAGCAAGAUUGUGUGUGGGUGCAGUUCAUCAUGGAGGGAUGAAAAUUUUGACUAUCCUUCUCAACAUGUUGGGGUUUUGGGGGGUGCCCUUUAUCUCUGCUGUUUAAUUGAUACUUACAAAUGGGAUCAUUUGGAGUCUGAUAUGCAACGAAUGGAGAUGGAUGCGUCGGAAGCAGUACAUUAUUCUACAGGGGAUCACAAAACCAUACCAAAUCUCACCGGACGCAUGCUCUCUGUGGGAGGAUAA